AUGGGUUUGUGGCAAUUUAGGAUUUUGAUCCUUGUAUCAAUAUGUUUGUCCCCUGUUUUGGUCCAAUGCAAAGUCAGGCAUUAUCAGUUUAAUGUGGCGACGAAAAGCACGACCCGCUUGUGCUCGAGCAAGCCCAUCGUCACCGUUAACGGGAAAUUCCCGGGCCCGACAAUCUACGCGAGGGAAGGCGACACGUUGCUCGUCAGGGUCAUCAACCGAGUCAAGUACAACGUAUCCAUUCAUUGGCAUGGAGUUAGGCAGCUCCGAACGGGUUGGGCCGAUGGACCCGCGUACAUUACGCAAUGCCCUAUUCAGCCGGGCCAUAGCUACGUCUACAAUUUCACGAUCACGGGCCAAAGGGGCACACUCUUUUGGCACGCGCACAUUCUCUGGCUUAGGUCCACCGUGCAUGGUGCUUUAGUCAUUUUGCCUAAGCUCGGCGUGUCGUAUCCCUUCCCAAAACCCGAUCACGAAAGGGUCGUCGUUUUAAGCGAAUGGUGGAAAUCCGACACCGAAGCCGUAAUCAACGAGGCGAUUAAAUCGGGCUUGGCGCCGAACGUGUCUGAUGCUCACACCAUCAACGGUCAUCCGGGACUCGUCUCGAAUUGUUCGUCCGCAGAUGCCUUCUCGUUGAGCGUGGCCCCAGGAAAAACGUACCUCCUCCGGCUCAUCAACGCUGCACUCAAUGAGGAGCUAUUUUUCAAGAUUGCCGGCCACCAGCUCACAGUAGUCGAGGUUGACGCUACUUACGUCAAACCCUUCAAAACCGACACCGUCCUCGUCGCCCCCGGGCAAACCACCAACGUCAUCCUCGCCGCCGACCGAGCCUCCGGCAAGUAUAUGGUCACCGCCUCACCGUUCCUCGACACAAUGUCGGUCGCCGUCGACAACGCCACCGCUGUCGCCGCCGUUCACUAUAUCGGCACGCUCGCCGCCGCCGCCACAACAGCCACCGCCCCACCGCCGCGCAACGCCACCUCAGUGGCCAAUGCCUUCCUCGACUCCCUCCGGGUUUGGUUUAUGCAUUGCCAUUUGGAGGUGCACACAACUUGGGGCUUAAAAAUGGCAUUCUUGGUGGAUAAUGGAAAGGGCCCAAACCAGUCCAUUUUGCCACCUCCUAAAGAUCUGCCCAAAUGUUGA